AUGGAAGAAACGAAAGGGUUUGUUUAUCAAACUCCAUACAAAAGUGAUGAGGGACACUUAAUCACAGUGCUUAGUAUUGAUGGUGGUGGCAUUCGGGGAAUCAUUCCAGGAGUAAUACUGGCUUUCCUAGAAGCAGAGCUUCAGAAGCUGGACGGUGAUCAUGUAAGGCUAGCAGACUACUUUAAUGUGAUUGCAGGAACAAGCACUGGGGGAUUAAUUACUGCAAUGCUUACUGCUCCGAAUCAAAAUAACCGACCUUUGUAUGCAGCCAAAGAUAUUAAGGAUUUCUACCUUCAGCAUGGCCCAAAAAUCUUCCCCCAGAUUAAUUCGGCAGAGCUCUGGUUGGACCACAGUACGACGGCAACUAUUUACACAAGCUCCUCAGGGGAAACAAAACUUCAACAAACAUUAACCAAUGUCGUUAUCCCAGCAUUUGAUAUCAAACAUCUUCAACCCACCAUUUUUUCCAGCUUCCAGUUGAAGAAGAGGCCAGAUUUGAAUGGUUUGUUGUCGGAUAUAUGCAUUUCAACUUCAGCAGCUCCAACCUAUCUUCCAGCUCAUUCCUUUGAAACCAAAACCCACCAUGGCAAUGUCAUGGGCAAGUUUGACCUAAUAGACGGUGGUGUCGCAGCAAAUAAUCCGGCACUGGUGGCCAUGGCAGAAGUGACAAACCAAAUUUCCCUUGAAGGGCCAUGUGCUAGCUUGAAUGUGAAACCGAUGGAAUAUGAUAGUUUUUUGGUGAUAUCAUUGGGAACAGGUUCUCAGAAACAGGAAAAGAAAUACAGUGCCGCUGAGGCAGCUCAAUGGGGCAUCUUCAGUUGGCUUUCCACAGCCAAUGGUGGCACCCCUCUGAUCGAUGCCUUCACUCAAGCCAGUUCUGACAUGGUUGAUUUCCACAUCUCCUCCGUAUUCCAAGCACUCCGUUCCGAACACAACUAUCUCAGAAUCCAGGACGAUACUUUAACUGGGGACUUAUCUUCGGUUGACGUGGCCACGGAGAAGAAUUUGAAUGGUCUCGUCCAAGUUGGGGAAUCAUUGUUAAAGAAACCAGUUUCAAAGAUUAACUUGAGGACUGGUGUUCAUGAACCUGUUGACUCUCAUGAAACAAAUGCAGAUGCCUUGAAAAGGUUUGCAGAGCGACUGUCCAAACAGAGGAGAUAUCGUAAAUCUCAAAUGUAUGCGAAUAAUGGAAAUCUUUAA